ACUCCUUAUAUAUAUAUACUCCUCACAAACAUUGCUUUAGUGAUUGAUUGGCACUAUGAAGUCCUAUAUUGUGGCCUUGGUUCUUACCAUCUUUAUUUAUAGCUUUGGUGCCAAUGCUGCUGAUGAUAGUAAUUUGGGAGCUUCAUUCAUAUUUGGGGAUUCACUAGUUGAUGCUGGAAACAACAAUUAUCUAUCAACAUUGUCUAGGGCCAACAUAAAACCAAAUGGAAUAGAUUUCAAGGCAUCUGGCGGAAACCCUACUGGCCGAUUCACUAAUGGGAGAACCAUUGGUGAUAUUGUAGGUGAAGAACUGGGAAUACCAAACUAUGCUGUCCCAUUUUUGGCUCCAAAUGCUACUGGAAAAACUAUACUUUAUGGUGUGAAUUAUGCUUCAGGAGGAGGAGGGAUUAUGAAUGCAACUGGAAGAAUAUUUGUUAAUAGGCUAGGCAUGGAUGUUCAAGUUGACUACUUCAACAUUACCAGAAGACAAUUUGAUCAACUCUUGGGGGCAUCACAGGCCAGGGACUACAUUAUGAAGAAAUCCAUAUUUUCAAUCACUAUUGGAGCAAAUGAUUUUCUGAACAACUAUCUCCUUCCAGUACUCUCCGUUGGAGCAAGAAUUUCCGAAAGUCCGGAUGCUUUCGUCGAUGAUAUGCUAUCCCACUUAAGAAACCAACUCACUAGGAUGUAUCAGUUGGAUGCUCGGAAAUUCGUCAUUGGAAACGUUGGACCGAUAGGCUGCAUACCUUACCAGAAGACAAUAAACCAAUUAGACGAAAAUGAAUGUGUGAGUUUGGCUAAUCAGCUGGCAACACAGUACAAUGGGAAGUUGAAGGAUUUACUAGCACAACUCAAUGACAACCUUCCUGGAGCAACCUUUAUUUUGGCCAAUGUGUAUGAUCUAGUCAUGGAACUCAUUAGAAACUAUAACAAAUAUGGAUUUAUAACUGCAAGCAGAGCUUGCUGUGGAAAUGGAGGUCAAUUCGCGGGGAUAAUCCCUUGUGGACCGACGUCUAGUAUGUGCCAGGAUCGAGCAAAGCAUGUGUUUUGGGAUCCUUAUCAUCCAAGUGAGGCUGCAAAUAUUAUAAUUGCUAAGCAACUGCUUGAUGGGGGGAAACAAUACAUAUCUCCCAUGAAUCUCAGACAACUUAGAGACCUUUGAUUGUACCCGUUUCGAGCUGUUCCGGUGAAUCUCAUUGUCUUGUUUGAUUGUUUGUUGCAGCAAGAAUUGUUAAUGCAGUGAUGCUUGUGCCAUAUUAAGAAUAAAUAUCAUAAUCACAAGUUCCUUUAUC